AUGGCCUGGGCCGGGGAAGGCGUCGGGCAGCUCGCAGCCAUCCUGGAGUCAGAAAGCAGCGAGGAGGUGGAGGAGGAAGAAGAGGAGGAGGAAGAGGCAGCUACGGUGCAGCAGCACCCGCCCCUUGGCCAGGAGGUGGGCGAAGCGGAGGAGCGGCUGGCCGAGCUCGAGCAAGCGUCGCAGGCGCUGCUGGCCGAGCUCUCAGCGCUGGAGACAGAGUUUGAGAUCGAGAGGACGUGCCGGCAGCGAGCCGAAGCCUACGCAGCCCAGGUGAAGCAGGAGAACAAGCAGCUGAAGCGGCUCAGCUUGGCCCCACCAGCCUCUCUGGCCGUGCCCGAGGAGGAGCCCCCCGCGGAGGACCCUGACCCUGACCAACACUAUGGGCAGCAGCUCGAGGAUUUGCAGGAGAAGAUCUCCUGGCUGGUGGCGCAGCGGAAGGACCUCACGCUCCAGGUCCAGCAGCUGCAGAGACAGAACCAAGACCUGCAGGACCAGCUGGAGAUGGGGCAGGGGGAGCAGCAGCGCCUGCAGGCAGCCCUGGGCACCAGCCAGCGGGCACUGAGGUCCUUCAAGAGAGUGUCCCAGAUCGUCACCCAGGAUUACUGCGAGGCAGUGCAGCAGCUGGAGCUGGAGCAGGACCUGCGCCUGCAAGCCGAAGCCUUCGCCCACGAGAUGCUGGUGCAAAAGAAGGAGGCGAACAGGCAGAGCAUGAUCCUGCUGCAGAGCGCGGGGCCCAGCGCCCAGCUGCUGGCAGCCCUGCAGGAGGUGGGACGCCUGACCCGGGCGCUGGAGGAGGCCAGGCAGGAGCAGCAGCGGCGGGUGAAGGAGCUGGAGGAGCAGCUGGGGAGGCGGCCGGAGCCGGCGGAGCUGGAUCUGGCCCAAGCUGCCCUGGCUGUGGCAGAGGAUGAGAAGUUGCAGCUGAAGAAGCAGCUGCAGGAGGCCGAGAGGCGGCUGGUGGGGCUGGAGGAGGAAGUGGGGUCGCUGCAGGAGAAGCUGGCCCAGGUCCUGCCGCCGCAGAGCCAGACCCCCGAGCCGGCUGCGCCCACACCGCCGCCACCGCCGCCGCCGCUGCCACCGCCUGCACCCGCUGUCCCCGUGGAGUAA